UGGCACAGUCUUCUGUGGCUCUCGGUUCUUGGCAGUGAGGCUGCGGUUCACGCAUUUACACUUGAUGCAUUGGAAACUUUGAUUCUGUUCUGCGCGUAAAAACAAACCAAUAAAUAAACAAACUUCUUUAGUCAUGUCCAGCAGUUUGUUGGUGAAAACUCUGGAGGAUCUGAGUCUGGAUUCAGGAUAUGUGGCGGGGGACCCGAGCUCGUCCCUCAGCCUGUCCUCCGGCAGGUCGGGUCAGUCUCAGCCCCACACGGGCACCUCUCAGCGGGGACUGUGGUGGCAGCACGCCGGCUCUCUGAACAGCAGGAACGGCAGCUGGGACACGGUGAGCACGUUGCCAGAGGACGCGACGGACAUCCUGUCCAAGUGUCCGUGCCUGCCGGAGCUGGAGGAGUGUCCCUGGACCGAGCAGGAGCUCCACGACGUCGUGCGUAAAGUCGUGGGUUUGGAUUUACAGCUCACCGGCGAGGCUGUUCACCGCUUGUCCGUUCUCCUCCAGCGGGCUUUGGUGCGCGUGGCCAGGGAAGCGCAGCGACUGAGCGCGCUGCACAGGCGCUGCACGCGCCUGGAGGUGCAGAGCGCCGUGAGGCUGGUGAUGAGCUGGGGUCUGGCCGAGCGGUGCGUCUCCUCCGCGCUGGGCGCCGUGUCCCUGCACUGCAUGAGCUCGGGGGACACUGCGCGUCAGCGGGGAGAGUCCGCGCGCUGCGGGCUGACGCUCUCCGUGGGCCGCUUCUUCAGGUGGAUGGUGGAGACGCGCGUGUCUGUGCGGGUGCACGAGUACGCAGCCGUGUGCCUGACAGCAUGCCUGGAGACUCUGGUGGAGGAGGUGACCGCGAGAGCCGUGGAGGCGGCGAGGCUGACCGCGGAGUACCAGAGGGAGCGAGGCAGCGGGGUCACCACAUGCCGCGCGGUGACCACGGAGGUGCUGGAGGGAGCCGUGAACAACGACACGGAGCUGUGGGGGCUGCUGCAGGUGUACGAGCAUCUCGUAUGUGGCAAAAAUGCCAGUGGUGAUCUGUCGCUGCCAGCCCAUAUCAGCCCAUACAUGAAGGUUCCUGAGGACCCAGUGGAGAGCAGGGAGGACGCUUACAUCCAGCUCGAGCUGCGGACACUGGAGCAGGCUUUGCUGGCAACCAGCGUGGGCAGCAUCGCAGAGCUCAGUGACCUGGUGUCUCGAGCGAUGCAUCACAUGCAGCAUCUGCGCUCCUCCACCCCGUGCCUGAGCCCCGCUCGUUCAGCCAAUCAGCCGUCGGCGUCUUGGGCCCCGGACGCCCUGCGGACCCUCUACUACUUCCUGUCCAGCCCGCAGAUGGAAUCACUGGAGAACCCCAACCUGGAGCUGUCGAUCAUGUCCCUGACCAGAGAGAGGCCUUUCCUGCUCCUGCCCCCUCUCAUGGAGUGGAUCAGAGUCGCCGUGGUGCACGCGGAACAUCGCCGCAGCCUGUUGGUGGACAGCGAUGACGUCAGACAGACAGCCAGGCAGCUUCUUCCUGGAUUGGACUGUGAACCCAGACAGUUUAAGUCAGAGUGCUGCUUCCACUCCUUCAAAUAUCUCCAUGCAGAAGCCGCGUCGGUCAAGUUCCAGCAGGAUCUUGGUUUCAGGAUGCUGCUGUGUGGUCGAACGGAUCUGGUCCAUCAGGCCACGCGGCUUCUGGGAGCUCAGAGUGUGAACGCCAUGGAUGACCAGGGACUGACUCCUCUGAUGUACGCGUCCGCAGCAGGAGACGAAGCUCUGGUGCAGAUUCUUGUUGAGGUCGGAGCUAAUCUGGAUCUGCAGGUGCCUGGCUGCUCCAUCAAGCAUCCCUCCGUCCAUCCUGGCAGCAGACACUGGGUGGCGCUGACGUUUGCUGUGUUGCACAGUCACCUGUGUGUGGCUCAGCUGCUGUUGGAGGCCGGAGCAGACGUGGAGGGGGGAGCCCUGCAAGACGACCAGGAGAACUCAGCCGAGACACCACUGCAGUUAGCCGCGGCUGCAGGUGACUAUGAGAUGGUGGACAUGCUGCUCAGCCAUGGAGCGGACCCUUUGCUCAGAGUGCAUCAUGGGAACUCACUGACCUCGCCGCUGUAUGAGGACAUGAACUGCUUCAGCUAUGCUGCAGCACAUGGACACAGGAAUGUUCUCCGGAGGCUGCUGCUGCAGCCCGAGCAUGGGAAGGAGGACAUCCUUUCACUGGAGGAGAUUCUUGCCGAGGGGGUGGAGGAAGAAGAGGAAGAGGAGGUGAAAACUGCGGCUCGCCCUCCGUCUCCUGACCCGUCAAACCCUGUUCCCAGGCUGUGUAAGGCCAAGAUGAAGGCUCUGCAGCAGGCGGCAUAUUACAGCACUGAGCACGGCUACCUGGAUGUAACCAUGGAGCUCAGAGAGAUGGGUGUUCCCUGGAAGCUCCACACCUGGCUCAAGUCUCUGCACAGAGCCCGCCAGCUCUGCAGGGAUGAGGUCACCGUCUGUCUCCUCACAGAGUUUAGCUCCAUCAGGACGGAGGACUACAGCCCCGAGCUGCUGUCCACUGGAAUGCCGCUCAUGUUCGGCAUGUUGGAAACCAGUAAGGACUAUGUGAUAACCAAACGGCUGGCAUCCAUCUUUUCUCACUGCUACGGCCGCUCCCCUGUCCCUCCCGUCCCACUCAUGGACCUCACCCUGUCCACGCAGCUUGACGUUCACUUCCUCAACAAUCCAGACAUGUCCGAUGUGACGUUCGUGGUGGACGGCUGCCCGUUCUAUGCUCACAGGGUUCUCCUGAUGUCAGCCUCCGAACGGUUUCGGCAGAUGCUGAGUGACUCGACGGACGACGUCAUCCACAUCGAUCACAUGAGCUACAGCACGUUCCAGAUGAUGAUGAAGUCUCUGUACUGCGGAGGAACAGAGGGACUGAGCCUCUCAGAGUCUGAAGCGAUGAAGCUGCUGCCCGUGGCCUCUUUCUUCCAGCUCAGAAGUUUGCAGAGGAGCUGUGAGAUGGCGCUGUCUCUGAGUCUGACACUGGACAAUGCCGUCAGCAACUACCAGACGGCCAAGCACCAUGGAGCAGCUGAACUCUGCAGGUUUUCUGAAGGAUUCUUCCUGCAGCACAUGGACCAGCUCUUGGACAGGGAGGACUUCCACCGGCUGCUGCUCGGUGGAAUCGUGCAGGAGCUUCUCUGCCCCGGGGCAGGCACGUGGGACCAUGAUGUGCUCGACCUCCUCAGGGAUCUGGAGGCCGCACUGACGCACAGACUUUACACCCUUCACUGUGCAUGUCGAGAAUAGGACUGAUGUGUUUUUUGGGAAAAACAGCCA